CUUUGUAUGACGACAGGCAAUUUUGAAGCGGAGCAUAGUGAAGCCAAGUGCGCGCGGCCUUGUCCGCAUUCACUCGAGCACUCUCCAGCCAUUGACCAUGGCGGCGUUGCCCGAGGGAAUGCAGCUCGUGAGUGCGCUGGACGACGCUGAGCUCAAGGCGCUCUCGCCUGUGAGCGAAGACGACGCGUCUGCCUCUGAGCAUGUGCGGCGGGCGUUGCUGCUUCCGCUUGAAGGAGACGACGCUCUGGACGUAGACAUGGACAUCGACGUCGACGUCUUCCGACCGAGCGCCAUGCUAGACGCGCAGCUGUCCGACGCAUUCGGCGAGUCUGGCGAGCUCUACUUCGGCUCCAGCUUCCAGCCUGCAGAUCUGGGCAGCGCGGAGGAGGAUAUCGAGCAGAUGCUGCUGAGUGGAUCGGAGGAGUCUCUGCAUAGCCAUCAUCAGCACCAAACAGCGCCUGGUCAAGGCUGUCAGUGUCGAAACUUCGCUAUUAGGGCGAGCCGUGUGCAGGCACAACAGGAGCGAGUCGCUGCAGCAUCGAUGGCUACAAAAGAGAAGCGAGUGCUGCGCCACACUUUUGGAUCAGGAAAAAGACUGCAGGGCUUUGGAUUCGGCGAAGGCGCCGUAAUGGAUCAGAACCAGCAACAGGAUAUUGACAUGGCGGACGGACGCUCCACACCGGCAAUGGACGCAGAAUUAUCAGUAAAACAUGAGGUGCUGGCAGCGGAGCAUGCCACUGCAGUGGCGGAAAUGGCACAGACGCUUCCACAGCCCGUUAUGGUGAUUAAACAGGAGGUAGUACCCCCCACACCGGAGCGCGUGGUGCACAAGUCGCGCUCGUUGGAGGAGGAUCAGAUAUUUAGCAGCCCGUUACAGCGUAGUCAGUCGUUUUCUGCUGUAUCAAGUCCAUUGAGUACGACCAGCUUCGUGUCGCUGGAAAGUAUGAUGGCUACACCGUUAUCGACGACGUCGCGGUCGUCGACACACCAUGAGAUGCCGGUGAUGAUGCGCUCAUUAUCACCGGCUGAUGAGUUGGAGAAGAUGACAGCGAGUGGAUCCAAGACGUCAAUGCCGAAGAUGAACAUGCUGAGGGGGAACUUCCAGGUGUCUCCAGGACAUGAUACCGUGCCUCUCGUCAAACCCACUGCGGUGCUGCCACCGCCAUAUUUACGGGGAGCGUUGGACUCCCCUGAAAAGCGUCGUGCACACUCGAAGACUUUUAAUUCGUUCGCACAGUCCUUGUCGUUUUCAUUUUCGAACGAGUCUCCGACCGACAGGUGAACAGACGAAGACAUGACGUACAACUACCAUUAACUCGAGACAAGAAGACAACCGUGACAGGCAAGAUACUUCAUGGCGGUCUUCGCCAGAUUCAGGACGAGAGAAAAAGACGCAUACGCGCAGAACACGCGGAAACAUCGCAUUCAGUAUUAGUAGGAAAAAAAUCAGCAAGAGGUACGAAACCCAUGGGUGAUAUGAGUUGUAUUACAAUUAGCACGUGAGAGAGAACCAUACUCGAGUUUUGCCACGCCCAAGACCUAUUUCAG